UCAUUUCUAGUUCACCAUAAAGAGCAAACAGAGAAACUUCUCUUCCGUUAGGGGGGCUGCUGACACCACAUCCUUUCCACUAAGUAGAUCCUGCUCCAUCUGCCUUCAGAUAGCCUUGGUUCUGCCUGCCUUUGAAACCAGCUUGCAAAAAGAGAAAAUGGUCAGAGUUUCUUCUAUCCUGAGGCUCAGUCUGAUUCUGUGCUACUGCAGCUCCCAAAUUAUUACUAUGAAAAUUAAGAUGAUUAGUAAACCUCCUGAAGCCAUCAAUGCCCGGGUGGAACUGGAUUGUGAAGCAAAAUAUUCAGAUGCUGGGGUAUACUGGAUCCUUCAGAAAAAUGACCACAGUCCCAAAUCCAUCUUAUACGUUAGUUCAAGGUCAAAACCAGUACCAGAUAAUCAAGACUAUGAAAUCUCAAAAAGUGGCAGCAGUUACAAACUGACAGUGAAAGCAUUCAAGGCUAAAGAUGAAGGCAUUUAUAGCUGCAGUGUCCUUCACAACCAAGCCUUACACCUCAGCAAAAGGCUCCCAGUCUUCCUGCCAGUGACAACCACCCCAGCUCCCACAACCCAACAGCAUGCUCCAAAACCCCUAAACCCCAAUGAUCGACACAUCACCAGUGAACCCAAUAAAUGUUCAGAGAACACAGUUACAGAUCCAUAUGAUGGUCUGAUGCUCCCCUGUGAUCCAUACAUCUGGAUUCCUUUGUCUAGUGGCUGCUUCCUUCUCUUCAUAACCUUGGUGAUCACCUUUACAGUGUGCUGUGAUCCAAGGAGGAGGAGAAGAAGAUGCCAAUGUAAAAGGCCUUUGAAUGGAACCAAUGGAAAACCCACCAUGCCACGCUAGGAUGGAGCAAAACUGGAUCAUUACAACUGGAUUUCCCAAGGUGUUUUCACUGUAAUAGCAGAACUAUAAUUAUAUAUCACACCAUAAUUAUUUUACAGAUGGUUUUUAACUUUAUAUCACAUAGCUGGAGGUACAUUUCAGACCUUUCUCAUCUUCAUAUUAGAUAGUUUUUGAACUGCACUAUACAGAUAUGAAAAGCAUUCCAAAUACAUUAAUUCUGAGAAGUAUAGGAUUUUCAUUGUUAUCGUAGACACAAUAGCUUUUUUCUGACAUCAUGUUUUGGGGUAUCCAGUUGUACAAACCUGGAGCUUGUGCUACUUGUGAUCCUGUGGUUACCAGUUUGUACUAUUCAUAAUGCACAGCACUUGAUUCAGAUUAAAUGGUAACCACACCUUAGAAGACUGCAGGUAGCACCUGAUCUAAUUUUGCAUGAAUGCCUGAAAUAUAAUGCCUAAAAAAAGGCUAUUAUGCCCAUUUUUAUUGUUAUCUUUCCAGUUUUUCAGAUGCUUCCAAUAGUAUACUAGGUAAGCAGGAUAUCCCUUUUUUGUUAUCCUCAGAUUGCUCCUGCAGGGUGAGGAGUAAAGUUAUGGUAAGGUGGUCUACAAUAUACCUAAAAUGUACUCCACUGCAGUUAAUACAAGACUGCAUAUCAGAUAUAUACCUGGCAGAAUUCUAAAUGCAUAUACUUACAGAGCAGAUUGCUCGAGGAAGUAAGCCACACCACUGACUACAACUCUCCUAGUCACAUGUGAUCAUUCAUGACAGUAGCUCUCACAAGUACACGUGCACUGCUUCUUCACAUGGGCAGAGGAGCAGCACUUAUAUCACACACACAAAUAUACAGGAACCCUCUUUCAGUCACUUCUCCACCCUUGUCUCUUCCUCCUUUCCCCGUGUGUGUGGGCAUCUGAAAAUAUGCUUAUGUGACAUUAACUGACCAUUCAAUUUUCUAUCCUUGGAAGAGUCCAUUUUCUGUGAAGAAAAUUACUAGCACAGCACACCUGCUUUACAUGCUUUGCACAAUUUAUUAUGAGUUGUCUUCAAACUGAUUCAGGUAAGAAAUUUAGAACCCCCUGACUUGAAAUAUGCAGAAGGAAUUUGCACCAAACAAAAGGAAGAAUCCUGGAAUUAUAUUUUGACAUAAUCUAAAUUUGCAAAUGGAGAAGCUUAAGAGGUCCUUUGUUGACUCCCCAAAAACCACAUGCAAUAAUUUUGAUCAGUGUAGUUUAGUGCAAACUAUUAUAAUUCUUCAUUAGAUUAUUUUGACAUUUGCCUAUAUGACACAUAAUUGUUCUAAAAUAAACUGAAGUUACAUUCAUCAUUAGUAUGUAAUGUAAUGCACAGUGUGAUAAUAAUUACAUGCUGAAUAUUCAUUGAUCUAUGUGCUUAGUAUUCUAAUAUCCAAUAAACAGAUUACAAAUUCAA